AGAAGAGGGAAUAUUGAGUGUACCGUGGUAGCAACACACACAAGGCAAGCCAACUCAAAACGAUACGUGGAUUCUCAUCGAAUAUUUGGGUGAAAGGCCAUGACACACAUGUGCAAACAAGCUGAAAACGCAUAGGAAUAAGAGAAGUCAUUUUCACCGGACCAUGGGAAACUGAAAUAAGAUUUUUAAAUAAAUAUUAUUCGCUGACUAGUAAGUAAUUUAUCAAGAAAUUGCCAGUUACCUGCCCGCGCGUUAGCUAGCAGGUCGCUAGUCAGGUAUUGCUAGCCAGCCGCAUUGCCUAUUUGGCUGUGUGGUAGUUAUAGGUUUGGACUUUCCAUUCGAGCUACCGGGCGUACUCAACCAUGCCAUGUUUUCUCGGAGGUGUAUCAAGUUGGCUGGCUAGUUAGUUAGCUAGCCUACCACACUGAGUCUGACUGGAACAGUAUUGCUAAGACAGUUAACAGACAGUAUGUGGUAUUACUAUUCCACAUAGCUAGCUAUGUAUUGUGCCCCCCGAUUUUUGUUUUACUCUCUAAAUAACUAGCUUUAGCUAGUUACUUUGAAAUAUAUUUGUCUCGAUCGGGCUCUGUUUUUGUCUCAAUUACUUGAACUUUGUACGUCGGGGUUUCCCUCAACAUAUAUUUAUAAACGCGUUACUAUUAACAACGUAUAUUUAUAAACGGAUUUCUUUAACCUUAAAAGCUAGCUACUACUGUUAGUAUUUUUUCGACUUGGAAAAUGGAUUCGGGUAUUGAAAAGGAAUGCAGCGCUCUGGGAGGGCUCUUCCAGAUCAUCAUGAACGACAUGAAGGCUAGUUAUCCAGCCUGGGAGGACUUUGUAACCAAAGGAGUGAAGCUUCAAUCCCAGCUAAGGACAACUAUCGUCGUCACAGGCUCUUUUUUGGAUGCCUUUCAGAAGGUGGCAGAUAUGGCGACUGGAACAAGAGGCGCGACAAAAGAGAUUGGCUCGGCCUUGACGAGAAUGUGCAUGAGGCACAGAAGCAUCGAGUCAAAACUGAAGCUCUUCACCACGGCACUAACAGAUACCUUGAUCAAUCCCCUGGAGCUGAAGAUUGAGGAGUGGAAGAAGGUGGCCACUCAGUUGGACAAGGACCAUGCCAAAGAAUACAAGAAGGCCCGAGCAGACAUCAAGAAAAAAUCCUCAGACACAAUCAAGCUACAGAAGAAAGUUAAGAAAGGGAAGGACGAGGUGCGCGGGCAGUUGGACAGCGCCCUGCAGGAUGUGAACGUGCGCUAUGCUGUGCUGGAGGAGACUGAGAAGAGGGCCGCGUGCCGUGCGCUCAUCGAGGAGAGGGGCCGCUACUGCUCCUUUGUCAGCAUGCUCAAACCCAUGCUGGAUCAUGAGAUUAGCAUGCUCGGAGAGGUGACCCACCUGCAGACCGUUCUGGAAGACCUGAGCACCCUGACGGCCGAGCCCAGCAAACUACCCCCGUCCAGCGAACAGGUGAUCCUGGAUCUGAAGGGAUCAGACUACAGCUACAGUUACCAGACGCCCCCUGCCUCCCCCAGCAACACACUGUCCCGCAAGAGCAGCAUCAGCGGUAACUACAACUCUGUGAGGCACGUCCCCUCUCUGGACUCCAUCACCUCCUCUUUGGAUGGCAUUCGCCCGCCCUCCAUGGAAUCAGCACAGGAGGUGAGCGGGUCGUGGUCGGGACAUACCGGGUCGGGCACAGAGAACGGCACGGCCAUGCCUCCUCCUCACAACUCCUACACACAGCACGGAGAGAGGGCCCGCGCCAUGUCCACACCCGGAAAGCCCCAGAGUGCCCGGGAGCAGCUGGCCCUGGCCCUCGGCGGAGGGCUCAACUCGGAGGCCCCCCGCACCAGCCACGACUCCCUCCACUGCUCCAGCGGCUACAGCACGCAGACCACCACGCCCUCCUGCUCCGAGGACACCAUCCCCUCCCACGCUGUAAAGAAAGAGCUGCCUCUUUAUGACUACGACUACAUCUGCCUGCACCGGGGCGAGGAGGAGCACCACGGCCCGCCUGACUUUGACAAGUCCUCCACCAUCCCGCGCAACAGCGACCUCAGCCUGCAGUACCGCAAGAUGUUCCAGAGCAAGCGACCCGCCUCCACAGUCAGCUUGCUGGCCGAGCCCGAGCUGCUAGGCUUGUGCCAAUCGCACACUGCCACCAUCCGCCGCAAGCCCUCCUCCAAGCCUGCCUACCGCCGCGGCACCAUCAGCGGCGGCGUGCCUAUCCCCAUCUCCACCCCCCAAGUGCCCCUCAAAGCCCUGGGCGUAGGAGGGGGAGGCAACUGCGGCGGAGGGGGGAACAGCGGGAGCAAUGAGAACAUGGGGCCACCAGAGGGCGGGAUGAGCUGGACGGUGGACCACACCAAGCACAGCCUGUACACGUCGACCCAGAGCCUGAGCGCCAUGCCCUUGCACCAUUCUUCGUCCACAUCACCGUACUACUCGCUGAUCCCGGGCCAGGCGCCAGUUCCCAUGGGUAGCUCGGAGCAGCUGUACCAGCUCAGCAAGCAGCAGCAGUACGCCCUGCACCAGCAGCAGCAAAAGCAGUACCAGCAGCAGCACCUGCAGUACAACCAGCAGCAGCAGUAUCAACAGCAGCCCCAGACACAUCAGGUGCAACCAACAUCCCAGACACAACAACAGCAGGAAACGUUUCAAUUACAGCAACGUUUCCAGCAACAACAGCUACAGCAGCAACAACAACUGUACCAACAGCAGCUCCAGCAGCAGCAGCAACAGAAGCUCCAACAUCAAAAGCAGCUUCAGCAACAGCAGCUCAUACAACAACAGCAGCAACCGAUUCAGCAGCAGUCUCAUCUCCAACAACAGCACAAUACUUCUGGCGCUGCCAACCAGCUGGUGGAGAGCAGCCACUGCCUGCCGCCCCAGCAGCACCCUGCCGCCCAGGAGCAGGAUGCGGAUGAGCCCUCGGGGGCCGGAGGUCACAUGGCCACGAUGAUCCGGGGAGUGAAACUGCGUCGGACCCUGACCAACGACCGCUCUGCCCCCUUCAUCCCCCCGCCCAGCCAUUUCAAAUGAGUCCCUACCAGUGUAGGUUGUCAUCGUUUUGUUUUACGGUUCUUGCUUUUCUUUUAGCUUUUCUUGCUUCUUUUUUUUGGGGGGGGGGGGUUUCAUUUUUGGACAUUUCGUCUGGUGUAAUCAAAUGUCCAGCAGCACUGUGUUUUAAAAUGAUUAUUAUAAUUUUCCUCAGAUGGACUCGUAGGUGAAUAUGCCCUCUUUAUCGCUCUGUAAUUAAGAUGUUUAUACAUACGAGGAUGCGUGUUGGCUAUAUAAAAGCAUUUGAGGUCAUAGAUCAGGGGUGUUCAAACUCUUACACCACGAUGUCCGUAACCUGCUGGUUUUCUGUUGUACCUGAUAAUUAAUUACACCCAUGUGGUGUUCCAGGUUUAAAUCAGUUCAUUAGAGGGGAACAAAUCAAAAAAGCAGUGGAACUGGAUUCAAGGACACAGGACUAGACCUAUAUAGCUUUCUCGUCUGUAUCUCGUUCAAGAUGAUCAAGUGAGCUCAAUCACUCAUGUACUGUUAGGUCCACAGUGAAAUGCUUUGAGCUGGCUUUUCUAUUUAUUCAGCUGACUUUUUUCUCUCUCAACACACACACACACACACUUCACCUUCUGUGUGGCGGAGGCAAUGGGCCCCUUGUGAUGGAGGUUGACUGUUUAAGCCAAUCAGAGGCUUUGACUGCAGGGCAGAGAGGGGUCACGGGUUCAGCAAAGGGCUUUGUGGGGCUUUUGAUAGCAGGGGUCAGGACUUAAUGUGUACCGUAAGAUCGUUGGGCUGGAAGGUAAAGCCACCAUUGUGUGGGUUGAGGAGGACUGCAACUCAAUAUUAGGAAGGUGUCAUUGUUUUGUAAACUCAGUGUAUCUUGAGACAUUCUUCGCAUUGCAAAGCACAUUGAUUUAGUGAUCUAGGUGGUGUAGUUUCUGAUGGCCCGGUUCCCCGUAGGUGUAGCAUCUCUGAUAGAUAUCUUCCCUUAAUCAAGUCUACCUGAGGUUGGAGUUCAGGUUAAUAAAACAAUUAUAAUAGCAUUCUUUUAGGGUAAUCAGUCUCUUUUAUGAGGAACAUAUGGUGCUAUUGUGACAUACCAAUCCCAGCCUAGAUGAACUCCCCUGACUCCUCUCCUGACACAUGAUGCACUCACUGGCCAAAUUAAUUUUGGAAAUAUACAUUUUUAUAAUGAUAUGAAAACCAAUGUUGCUGACCAAGCAAGCUGUCGAAACUACUUACAGACCAUAGAAGUCAUGUGAGGAGACUCGCUGUUUGUGGAGUGACAACAGUUUGUCCUGCUCUGGGUUAGUGGUUUUGGGCUGUUCCUAGAAUGUGAGCCCCACCCAACUGUUAAUCACAGCGUGGGGGAGGAGGUUGUGAAAUCGUUUUGAUUGAAGGCAAAUAAGUGAUGUGGCAUUGCAUUUAGAAUUUGUUUACCAUUGUGUCCUUCUUAACUGAACUACUUUAAAUGUGUGGGGGUUUGGGCCUUUACGCAUAGCUACUCUUCCCUCAAGAAUCCUGAGUGAGGGGGAGGUAUAAUACAAUACCGACUCUUCCGCUAAGUGCAUAUCCCUCUCCCCCAACAUUAAAGGAGGCUAGCACCCGGCUGGGUUAUUCUUUCCUCUGUCUCACAUUCCCCCCCCAUCCCUCCUUUUUUUCCUUUUGAACCUCCCGGUUUGUGUAGGAGGCCCAAUUACCUGACACCAGUCGCUGCCUUACACCUGUCACCAGGUGCAUGAAAUGGCACGAUUGGCCGGUUUAGCGAUUGUGCGUCCUCCCAUCUUGCCUCUGGCCUCUUCAUGUUGCCGGGAGAAACGCCCGUUUCCCAGAGGAACUACAAUGGCCUCUGUAGUAGAGGCCUUUGUGACAGGAGGUGCGUUGUUGUAUAAUCCUGACUCGAGCAGCUUUAAAGCAAUAUCGGGCUGCAUUUGAUCCACAGCUUUAAGUUUAAGUUCUAGGCGGCGAAUGGUAAUUACAGUGCGCAUAUCUCCCUAACCCCAAAUUAUGAAGCGGCAUUGCCCUAGUGGAAUGAGAAAGGGUCGUGGAUAGUCAAAUUAUGGGGCAGCUGAGCUGGGACAUUCUCUCUCUCUGUUGGGUUAAUUGUAUGUUAUCCGAUAAGAUUUGUGUUUUACUGAGAAGUUUUUCAGUUUGAGUGAAAAAAGUCAAAAUUCAGUUGUAUAGACUAAGGAGAUGAAAUGAUAAGAAGUUUUGUAUGAAUGUAAACAUGUUAUUUUGAAUUAUCCUUUUCAGGCCCAGCCAGCCUAUACUUUCCCAUCUCAAACACUGCUACAGUCCCACUCCCACCCCACCAAUCAGCAUAACUGAAGAGCCAAACCCUGUUCUAAAAGCCAUGUUCCAGUUAUUUACCUUAACCUUGGCCCAUGGGUUCUGGUCAAAAGUAGUGCCGUAUAUAGGGAAUAGGGUGCCAUUUGGACACAGGCUCUCUAGUCUGUUACCAAUGCCACUCACCGGCAGUGUGUGAGAGGCUGAGACUUUGAGUUUUGACAAUAAAUUUAGAAAAUAUCAAAUAGACUCUAACCCUUUCCUGCCAUUCUUGACCCCAAAGCUGCCCCAUAGAGCGCCAACUGACCAGCCCUCCUCCUGUUGAUCCAGUUCUGUAAAUAGUUUCUCUCAUUGUAAAAGCGUUCAAUUGCUAUGUGUCACAAAUGCACCUGCGUAGUGAAGCUGAAGCCUUAAAUGAAAAGGAAUGUGGGUUUUAAAAUAUAAAUGCGUUCAAAAAGUU